AUGGAUUCAACUAACGAAGAUCUCAUCGCUCAGUUCAGUGGCAUCACUGGAGCAUCGCCCGCAACCGCACAAACCGCUCUCACUGCAUCCGACUGGAACCUGGAACAAGCCGUCACUCUCUACUUCGCAUCCCAAGACGCUCCUGCCGAAGACAGCGACGACUCGACAGAAGCCGCCGCCGCGCCAUCCCUGCCUUCGACAACUUCUGCCACAAACCAGUCCACCUCGGCCAGCCGUCCUUCACACACCCAGUCCAACAUGGUUCGCACAUUCCGUGACCUUCAGAACGACGAGGGCGAUGACGACCACUCGGAUCAAGAUCCUCAGCAGGACUUUUUCGCUGGAGGCGAGAAGUCCGGUCUGGCUGUCCAGGACCCCAACAGACGCCCUCAGGAUCACUUCCGCAACAUCAUGAACCAAGCUAGAGAAAACCGCGACCGUCCCGUUGACGACGAUGAGGAGGAAGCACCUGCACAGUCGAGCGCCUUCUCAGGCCGCGCCCAAACUCUUGGAGGCGACGAUGCUCCCUCGCGUGUAAUCGAAGAUCCUACUGCCGCCGCUGCGCCCACCAACGCCAGAUCCUCGCUUCCUCGCGUGAGUCGUACCCUGCAUCUCUGGCAGGAUGGCUUCAGUAUCGAUGACGGAGAGUUGCACCGCUUUGACGACCCCCGAAACGCCCCUGUUCUUGCCUUGAUCAACCAAGGCCGUGCUCCUCUCGCUCUGCUUGGGGUUCAACCAGGCCAGGAAGUUGACCUCCAACUCGACCCUCACAAGGAUGAGAAGUACGUUCAACCCAAGCAAAAGUACAAGCCUUUCGGUGGCUCCGGUCAGCGUCUAGGCUCCCCUGCUCCUGGUCCCUCUGGCUCUACACCUGCACCUGCCGCUGCAGCUACAUCAUCCACAUCCUCGACAGCUGCGUCGUCAGCACCAAAGGUCGAUAUUGAUGAGGCACAGCCCACCGUACAACUUCAGAUCCGUCUUGGUGAUGGCGCACGCCUGGUCUCACGUUUCAACACAAGCCACACAGUCGGUGACAUCUACAACUUUGUCAUGGCCAGCAGUACUGCCAGCCAGAGCAGGGCUUUCACUCUCAUGACCACCUUCCCCAACAAGGAUCUGGAAGACAAGAGCGCCAAGCUGGAAGAUCUGCCCGAGCUUAAGCGUGGUGGUACCGUCGUGCAAAAGUGGAAUUAG